AUGCCCCCGAAUAAGAUGGCGGGCAUCAAGGCCGAAAAGGCCGAGCGCAGCUUGAAUAGCCUGCCUAUGACACCCGAUACUCUGUUGCAGCAGUCUGUCCGAGCUACUGCUGCUUCUCCAUACGACAGAGCUCCGUCGUCUGCUGCCACAAUGGCACCCCAUACGCCAUUCCGUACAAUCAAGUCCGAGCCAGAUUGUGCCCAUAUCAAGCAGGAAAUGAACUACCAAGAGCAUCAAGCCGCCAUGGGCCCCCAACCUCCGCCUCACGAUGAUGCUGGCUCGGUCCCGGACCACGCGCCCGACCCUGCCGGCAAUCUCGAGCAGGACCCUCGAGAGGAGGAGUCCCAUCUGCUCGAGCAGUGGACUGCAACGGCAUCGCCUGACGACCUUGAGAAGGUUGUUGGAGCCGGCAUGGAGCUCCUCGAAGACCUCAAGGCCCCCCUUAGCUUCACAGCCUCCAUUCCCGAGACCCAGGCCUCGGCCUGGCUGCAGGCUAUCAACGACCUUCAGGCCCGCUCUCAACCAUCCCGCACCAUUGUGGGCGUCGUCGGGAACACGGGCGCCGGCAAAAGCUCCGUCAUCAAUGCCUUGCUCGACGAGGAGAGGCUUCUUCCGACCAACUGUCUGCGUGCCUGUACCGCUUCUCCCACUGAGAUUUCCUACAACCACUCCCAAGAUCCCGAGGAGCUAUACCGCUCCGAGAUCCACUUCAUCUCCCUCGAGGACUGGCAGAAGGAGCUCAAGACUCUCUUCACCGAUCUCAUCGACGACAAUGGCAACAUCUCGCGCGAGUGCACCAACGAAGACAGCGAAGCAGGCAUCGCAUACGCCAAGAUUCGGUCCGUCUACCCGUCCAAGACGAAGGAGAUGAUUGCCAAGAGCACCCCUGAGCGUUUGGCCAACGAGGCCGCUGUUGCCCGCGUUCUCGGAACUGUCAAGAAGCUCAAGGCGACCACGGCCCAAGACCUGUAUGCCAGCAUGCAGCGCUACGUCGACAGCAAGGAGAAGAACCCGCAUACCAAAAAGGAUGUCUCCAUGGAGUUCUGGCCCCUCAUCAAGGUGGUCCGCAUCUUCACCAAAGCAACCGCUCUGUCGACUGGCGCCGUCAUCGUCGAUCUGCCGGGUGUGCAGGAUUCCAAUGCUGCGCGAGCCGCGGUUGCCCAGAACUACAUGAAGACAUGCUCCGGUCUUUGGAUUGUCGCUCCCAUCAACCGGGCAGUCGAUGACAAGACCGCCAAGUCCCUUCUUGGCGACUCGUUCAGGCGCCAGCUCAAGUACGACGGCAUCUACUCCGCCGUCACUUUCAUCUGUUCCAAGACUGACGAUAUCUCUGUGACCGAGGCUGCUGAGAGUCUUGACAUCGAAUCCGACAUAUCCGAGUCCUGGGCCAAGAUUGAGAGCUUGCGGUGCAAGAUUCGAGAUCUGAAAGAGGCGCUCAGCAACGCAAAGGAUGAGAAGUCGGACCUUGUCGACUCUUUGGAGCAAAUCGACAGCGACUGGGACAAGUGGGACGACCUCGCAGUCCAGCAUGCGGAAGGCGAGGUCGUCUAUGCUCCUUCGGAUUCGUCAGAGAAGAGCAAGAAGCGCAAGCGCGGAGCCUCUACAUUCAAGAGCCGGAAGAACCACCACAGGUCAUCUGAUUCUGACGAUAGUUCGGACGAUUCAGAUGCCAAUUCGGACAGUGAUAAGGAAAACAACCCCGACUUGGAGAAUCGACAGCCUUUGACCGAGGAUAAGAUCCAGGAGAAACAGGCAGAGCUCAAGAUGCUGAAAAAGGAGGUUCGCCAGAGCCGCAAGGAAGUGGACGCCAAGAUUUCCGACAUUCGGCAGGAGAUGAAGAAGGUUCAAUCUGAGGAGGAGCGGCUGCUUGGCAUGGUCAAGUCUGUCUGCAUUCAGGGCCGAAACAGAUACUCAAAGGGUGCAAUCCAGCGAGACUUUGCUCUCGGCAUCAAGGAGCUGGAUCAAGAAGCCGCCAUCGAGGAAGAUGAAAACCAAUUCAACCCCGACGAGGAUAUGCGCGACUAUGAUGAGGUCGCCCGAAACCUGCCAGUGUUCUGUGUCAGCAGUCGUGCGUAUCAAAACAUGCGAGGCAGGCUUCAGAAAGACGAUUUCAACAACGACGGCUUCCGCAACGUUGAAGAGACGGAGAUUCCCCAACUUCAGCAGCACGCGAAGAAGCUCACCGAGAGCGGCCGUGCUGCCACCUGCCGUCGUUUCCUCAACGAAAUGUGCCAGCUUCUGAACUCCAUGAAGAUGUGGGCCGCCAACGAUGGAUCUCAGUCUAUACUCAGCGGCCGAGAACAGAGGAAGGAGGAGACGAUUCUAAGAGCCCGGCUGUCUACGCUUGAAAAGGCCUUCUCCGAGGCGGUCGAUGAGUGUGUCACCGCCAUCAAGGAUGCGCUGUCGGAGAGCAUCUACGACUUUUUCGAUGAGAUAAUACCGACUGCAUCCAACGCCGCGGUCCCCACAGCAUCGGGCUGGGGAGCGCAUCGCAGCGAAGGCGGCAUGUACUGGGCCACCUACAAGGCAACCUGUCGCCGGGGUGGCGUGUUCACCAACGCCUCUGGUCGCCACGAUAUGAACGCGGAUCUUCUCGAGCCCAUCUCCCGGGGACUCGCUGGUGGAUGGGAGCGGGCGUUCCAGCGUCGCCUCCCACAAGCUCUCGAGUCUUUCGCCAUGAAGGCUCGCCUGCUGCUGGAGAAUUUCCACCGCAACGCCAUUGCCCCGUCGCAGGAGCGAGGCAGCAACUACACGGGCAUUAACAUGCUGAGCAACCAGCUGCGAACCCACACGAUUCGUCUGAAGGAGAUCCCGCCGAUGCUCCACGCGAUUGCGCAAGAGUUGCAGCGCGAUGCCAACCGCGGAUUCCACCCGGUCAUCCAGGAGGAGAUGCAACCGGCCUAUGCCGUUUGCGUUGCGGAGUGCGGCACUGGCUCCUAUGUGCGCAUGAAGAGCCACAUGGUCGACCACGUGGAGAACUCUCGCCACAGCAUGUUCCGUCACUCCACUGACAGCGUCAAGGAACAACUCCAGACCUUGUCCAGCCGGAUCGAAGACGUGAUGGCUGCGCAGGUGCAGGACAUCUACAACCUGCUUGCUCGGGACUACUUGGCCGUCAUUGCGGGCAUCGAUAGCAUUGUCAAACCUUGCGGUGUUCCUCGCGCCGAGCGUUUGCUCCGGGCCGAGAUGUAUCUCCUGCUGGAGAAGACCGACAAGUGGUUCACCCGGCCCGACUCGACGUACGGCUCUGAGGCUGCGGUUGCCUCUGAAGAGGACAGUGAUCCUUUUGCUGGCGAAGCUGGAGCCGGUGUAAAUGAUUUGGCGGCCGCUCCGUUGGGCGAUGGUGGACUCAUGGCAAUCAAGAGAGAGCCGGUUCACUAG